AUCCACAGUUAGUCCAAACAAUGACACUAAAUGUGUAGUAGUCUCUUCUUGCAAACAAUGUCAUCAAAACUAUACUGUCACACAAUGUGCAGCCAGUAAUGAAUCUCCAAACAGCCCUCUUCUCUUGCAAGGGCAAGAAUUUCCAAAUGCUGAUUCAGCCCCUCGCAAAGGUGGAGUGGUUGCUGGCUGUAAGCAGCUUUCUUCAUCAACCCGAAGCAAUCGACGUUCUUCUGAAGUGAAACAUGAUGGCAACUCAAGUUCAAAAGCAAAGAUAAAGACUUGGGGAAUCAUCAUGUGGAGAAAGCCGAAUGCAAUUGACACCGGCAUGGAUUUUAGAAACAAAAGCAUUAUCAGAAAGGGCAGUACUGUAAAUGGGAUUGGACCAUCAUGCCAGCUUUGCCAUAGCAAAUACAAUCCAGACCUGAUGUACAUCCACUGUGAAACAUGCCAACAUUGGUAUCAUGCGGAUGCUGUUGAACUUGAGGAGUCAAAGGUGUGUGACGUCAUGGGGUUCAAAUGCUGCAGAUGCCGAAGGAUCAGAAUACCAAUAUGCCCUUACUUAGAUCCAGAAAGCAAAAAAUUGCUGAUGGAGAAGAGAACCCGUUCAAGAUCUUCUUCGAGGACUGUAGUAGAUGAUCUUGGAGUAGAUUCUGAUUCCGGGACAAUGAUCUCAUCAGAGCCUUGUACUCCAGUGGUGGCCCCACUCCUACUAAAGGAUGAGGAAAUACCUGAGGAGGAUGAAUUUAUGUGUUACCUCUCUGCAUUGGAGAAACAAACCACCAAACAAAACCCAGAAGUAGUUUCUUGCGAAGAAGAAAACACGGCGGCAGCACCUUUAUCUGUUGGGCGAGGUACAAAAAAGCUUCCAAUCAGGCGGCAUGUGAAGCGUGAAGACAACUAUGAUUCUUUUGCUGACAGUAAAGGUAAUAAUGACAAUUCUUCUCCAGUUGAAGACGGUGUGGUUGUGCUUAACUGUGACGGUCUCAGCUAUGAGGAUAUGGAGUUUGAACCUCAGACCUAUUUCUCUUUCAACGAGCUGCUUGAGUUUGAUAUGGGGAAUGCCAUGACAGAGAGGUGGGAUAAUUCAUCCGUGGGGGUCUCACCACUUGAUGAGACUCCACCGAAUGUUGAAUCUUCU